AUGUCUUCUUCGGACGAAGAUGAAACAGGAAGACGUUCAAGGAGGUCGCAACGAGCUCGAAAAUCCCAGCGUCCAAGACUGUCGCAAAAGUCCGGAGUAUCGCAAAGAACUACAAAUUCACAGCAAGCCACUGUAAUUCAAGUGAACGAAGAUGUGGAUAUGGAGGAGGGUACUUCCGGUCAACAAAUGGAGCUUGGUUCUCAAACAAGCGGAGUAUUGAAGGUUCGAUAUCUUGCUCGUCAUCUCCUCCACGCAUCGGCAAAUGAGAAAGACGGUGCCCUCAAGGAUGCUUUAGCUCAGAAGAUGCAUAUGCUUCCCAGAAGAGAACACUGCCAUACUUUGCGUGAGGCAAGCUCUGUGUUACAACGGGUUUUCGGAUGCAAGGUAAUUCAUCGGAACAACCAGUCCCAUCUAGUUCGAAUGGAACGUGUUGAAACAAACUAUCCUGAGGAUACCAUGGGUCAAGCGAAAAGAGGAUUGCUUUCCGCUAUUCUCAUGUUCAUUUUUGUGUCAAAAAGCAAGAAGUCCAAUGUGAAUUGUAUCACGGAAGCUGUGCUGGAGAAUUUUUUGAGUUGUCUCGGUCUUUGCUAUGAUUCACCUGAUCCCGUUUUUGGUGAUAUUAAGAAGCUCAUUUCUCCUUCGCAUACUGCUGAGUUUAUUCACGGAGGAUACAUUUCGUUUGCGAAGUCAUCAGAUCGUUUUGAAACUCAGGUGUUCACGUACGACUGGGGUCCACGGGCGUUUCUUAUCUGCGAGCCGAAGGAAAUUUUGAAAUCAUUUUGCAAAAUCCUAAAGGACCCUGAUGUCGACAUGUGGACUGAUCAGCAAGAAACAGUCAAACUCAUGGAGGAGGAGAAGAAACAGAGCGUUGUGAAAUCUGAGCAGUAUAUGCAAGGGGAGAAAUCGUAA